AUGAAUAUUUCUUCUGCUUCGUCUUUAAAGAAUUUCGAUUGGAUUUCAAAUUAUGGACCAUCAUUUAUUAUACCGGCAUCAAAUUUUGAUGUUCUUUAUGAACCAUGCGACUUUUUUCAAGAAUUAAAUAAACUUUUUGCUAAUGCAAAAAAACAUAUUUACAUAUCAUCAUUAUAUUUUGGUACUGAUCCGUAUGAAUAUAAAUUGAUUGAUUCGAUACGAACAGCACUUGAUAAAAAUCCAUCUCUACGGUUAGUUGUAUUACUGGAUCAUUUACGUGGCCUUCGUAUUGAUAAUCAUAAAGAAAAAACAACUUCAAAAACAAUGUUUCAACCUUUAAUUGAACAAUAUUCAUCACAAGUUGAUUUUUAUCUUUUUCAUACGCCAUUACUUUAUGGUUUUCUACGUAAAAUAUUACCAAUACGAAUUAAUGAAUCAUGGGGUGUACAACAUAUGAAAAUCUAUAUGGCUGAUAAUAAUUUAAUUAUAAGUGGGGCUAAUCUAAAUAAAACAUAUUUUAAUAAUCGACAAGAUCGUUAUUUAAAAUUAAAUAAUUGUUCAAAUUUAUGCAAAUUUUUUAUUGAUAUUAUUGAAACAAUAGCAAAACAAUCAUUUAAAAUAGAAAAAAAUCAUGUUGAACCUAUUUUUAUGGGUCAAAAUCAUCCAUAUAAAGGUAAUAAUAUUCAAUAUCGUCUUGAUGUAGAAAAAAAUCUUUCAUCAUUAAUGAAAAUAUAUCAAAUACGUUAUCCAAAACCUGAAUCAUUAUCAAAUGAUCAAGCACUUGUUGUACCAUUAAUACAAAUGGGAUUAUUUAAUAUAAAUAAUGAUCGAGAUUUUAAUAUAUAUCUUUAUUCACAUUUACCAUUCAAAUCUAAAUUAUAUCUUGCUACAUCUUAUUUUAAUAUAACAGAAGAAUAUGAAAAAGAAUUAAUUGAUAAUAAACGUAAGGAUACAACAAUUAGUUUAUUAACAGCAUCACCACAAGCUAAUGGAUUUUAUGGUAGUCGUGGUAUAAGUCGUUAUGUACCAAUUGGUUAUAGUGAAAAUGAACGUGAAUUUAUUGACAGAGCAGAAAAGAAAUAUUCCAAUGAUGGACAAAUACAAAUGUUUGAAUAUUAUCGUCCACAAUGGACUUAUCAUGCCAAAGGUUUAUGGUUAUAUGAAGAUGAUAAAGAUGAUAAUAAUAAUUAUCCAAUAUUAACUUGUGUUGGAUCACCAAAUUUUGGUGCACGUUCAAUUCAACGUGAUCUUGAAGCUCAAUUAGCUAUUCUAACAGAUAAUGAAGAAUUACGUGCUAAAUUUCAUCGUGAACGUAUUCGACUUUUUCAAUAUGGAACACUUGCUACAUCUGAUACGUUUAAACAAUUAACACGUAUUGCACCAUUUUGGGGGCCAUUUAACUGGAAAGAUCGACAAAAUGUUAUUAAUUUUUUGAAUAUGUAUGGAUGCAAUGACGAUUUUUCUACCAAAGCGUUUUUGACGAACCCUGAAGAAAUUAGGAACGAUCGACCAAUUAAACCCACUUUACUUCGAAUCAGUUCAAGAGAUUUAGGAUUCCAAUAUAAAUCAUCGGAUAAACGUUGGACAGAACAAGAAACACUUUCUGAAAAUUAUCAACAACAAACAUCAAAUCAUUCAUCGAUGGAACCAUCGCAUCAUUCAGUUAAUAUAUCAAGUCAUCCACAAACAGUAAAUCAUUUCAAUCAAACAACAACGACAACAAAUACAGAGUCUUUUGAUGAUCCAGUAAUUACAUUAUUUAGAUCAGACGUAACUACAAUAUCUUCAAUCUUUCCCGAAAUUAAUCAAUUUAAUCAUAUGAUUUAUGCUGAUUAUACAGCAUCUGGACGUGGUUUAACAUUUGUCGAACAUUAUAUGCUGAACCAUGUCCUUCCUUAUUAUGCUAAUACACACAGUGAUAAUAACGCAUGUGGUAUUCAGACUACGAAAUUUCGUGAAGGAGCACGAGCACUAAUUAAAAGAUAUGUUAAUGCAAUCGAUGAUGAUGCUGUUAUUUUUACUGGAUCAGGAUCAACAGCUGCUAUUAAUAAACUUGUCGAUGUUUUACAGCUGAAAAAUGAAGAAGUUCGAAGUAAAACUGUUGUUUUUAUUAGUACAUUUGAACAUCAUUCAAAUAUUUUACCAUGGGUAGAAACAGGAGUUGAAGUUAUUCGUAUUCCUAAUAAUAAACAAGGUCUUAUUGAUGAAGUUUUUUUAAAAAAAGAAUUGAAAUAUUAUCAUNAUAUGGAAGUGAAUGUCGGCAAUUGA